AGGGGCCCUAGUAACAUCGGUAGCGUAUUGGGGAGAUAAAGCAACAAGAUGGGUUUGCUGUCAAUCCUUCGGAAGCUAAAGAGCACACCAGAUCAGGAGGUUCGGAUCUUGUUGCUGGGUUUGGACAACGGGGGAAAGACCACUCUGCUGAAACAACUGGCUUCCGAGGACAUCAGUCACAUCACCCCCACACAGGGCUUCAACAUAAAGAGUGUUCAGUCUCAGGGUUUUAAGUUGAAUGUGUGGGACAUCGGGGGACAGAGGAAGAUCAGACCCUACUGGAGAAACUACUUUGAGAACACUGAUGUGCUGAUUUACGUCAUCGACAGUGCAGACAGAAAAAGAUUUGAGGAGACGGGGCAGGAGCUGGCUGAGCUGUUGGAUGAGGAGAAGCUGAGUGGGGUUCCAGUGCUGAUAUUUGCCAACAAGCAGGACCUGCUGACGGCAGCCCCAGCCUCUGAGAUCGCUGAGGGACUUAACCUGCACACCAUCCGGGACCGCGUCUGGCAGAUCCAGUCCUGCUCUGCCCUCACCGGGGAGGGGGUACAGGACGGAAUGAACUGGCUCUGCAAGAGUGUCAAUGCUAAGAAGAAGUAGCACAGAUGUCCGUUUUCACACACCCCUGAGCCUUUGGGAGGACGGGGUGUACCUGUGAAUGUACACACUAAAUCAACAUGGACUUGAAGAGUUUUUAACCGCCUGGCUGGCCUCUACACAUUGUUUACUAAACUACAACUCUCGCUAGAACUACAACUUCCAUGUUGCUCUUCAAAAUGGAGUGGGGGUACAAAGGGAACUCAUCCCAGGAGACCAGAGACCCCCCUCCCCAGCCUAACCAUCCCACCUCCAGCCCGUCCUAACCAUUCCACCUCCACUCCUUCAAGACACCCCAGCCUAACCAUCCCACCUCCACUCCUUCAAGACAUUCCACCCCAGCCUAACCAUCCCACCUCCACUCCUUCAAGACACUCCACCCCAGCCUAACCAUCCCAACUCCACUCCUUCAAGACAUCCCACCUCCACUCUUUCAA